GACAUCUCGUUGACAGAACACGGAUUCGAUACAAGAAUCACGGCGCGAGAAGUUUCCUUUAUCUUACGACCAAGAAGGGCUGAUGCUUAUCCGACGAUAUGGCUACCGAAACCCGUUCAACCGCCAGCAAGGUCAAGACCUUCUUCCUUGGUGACGAGGCAAAGUCAAGAGAAGAGAAGCGGCUUGUCCAAAAAAUAGAUUUCUUCAUCUUGACCUACUGCUGUCUUAGUUAUUUCUUCAACUUUCUAGAUCGUGCGGCUUUUGCCAAUGCCUAUGUUGCUGGCCUUCGAGAGGCUUUGCAUAUGAAGGGUCAUGAUUACAACACAGUGUUGUCGGUGACUACGGCAGGUAUGGUAAUUGGUCAGACCCCCCAUGGCAUGAUCAUCGGUCUCCAGCUUGUCCGCCCGAAAAUAUGGUUGCCAAGCAUGGUGCUUUUUUGGGCUUUUCUGACCAUGGCCACCGCGGCCGUCAAGACCACGACACAACUCUGCGUCAUCCGCUUCCUGCUCGGCCUGGCGGAGGCCAGCACCUACUCGGGAGCCAUUUACAUCAUGGGAUCGUGGUACAAGCCCCAAGAAAUUUCGAAGCGCACUGCCAUCUUCACCGCCUCGGGCCAAAUUGGCACCAUGUUCGCCGGUGUCAUGAUGACGGCCAUUUACAAAGGCAUGGGUGGCCUAGCUGGUCUCGGGGGAUGGCAAUGGGUCUUCAUUAUUGAUGGCAUCAUAACUCUUCCCAUUGCCAUUUUCGGCUACUUCUAUUUCCCCGAUAUUCCCGAGAACACGAGCGCGCGGUAUCUUAGCGAAUCUGAGAAGACGCUGGCAGUCAGGAGGUUGCCUCCAGUCAUGAAAGACUCGCACAAGGUCAAUCCCUUUUCUCUGCUGAAACGCCUUGCUCUCAUGCCUACCUUCUGGGUCUUGGUGCUCUGGUCCCCCGUUUGCGCCACCCUCGAGGCCUGGGUAGUCCAGGGCAACUUCAUCCUCUGGCUCAAGUACCACGCCGAGCACUUUACCCAGACUCAAAUAAACACAUAUCCCUUGGGCGUUCAGGCUGUAGGUAUUGUGACCAACAUUCUUGCCGCCUGGCAUAUGGACGCCACCGGCACCCGCGUUCCAAUGGUCGUCCUGGUUUGUAUCAUCCAGAUCGUCUGUGCCGCGAUGCUGCUUGUUCCAACACUGCCGUUCGCCGGCACGAUGUUUGCGUUUUACCUUUCGGGCUCCUCAUACAUGGUCAACCCCCUGGUCUUUGGUUGGGCAAGCAUCAUCCUCCAGCGUAGCGGUGACGAGGCCGUUCGAAGUAUGACGAUAUACGCCAUGAACAUUGGUUCUACGACGCUGUACACAUUCUGGGGUAUCGCCUUAUUCGCCGCUGAUGAGGCACCGUACUGGAAAAAGGGCGCCAUCUCUAUGAUCGUAUGCUCUGUGGUUGUCCUCGGAUUCAUGGGACUCGUCAUCAAGAUCGAUAAAGAUUCGCUUGCCAAGUAUGGCUCGAUGACGGUCGAUGACUUUGAGGCCUCCGAAGCCCGCCAGACUCAAGCGCCGCCGGACGAUUGUGGCUCGGGCAGUGAUGACCAGAAAGCCAAAGCCACGUCGACAAACACUCCCAUUGAAGAUGCUAAAACCAGGUAGUAUGGGCAACUAAUUUCGCUUUGUCGACUCAACAAAACCAAAGUUCAUGACGUUAGAGGUUGACGGCACGAAUGGCUAUCAGCAUUCCUCGGAGGCAGAAAAAUUAGGAAACCCACUUGCAAACAAGGGUAGACAACUAAUAUGUUGCUUUAAUCUGUAAACAAAACAACGCGUUGUAUGGCGGAAACAACUACAAGGAGCAAGGGCUUACCUGUCUACCAGCCUAUAAGAAGAACGGUUGAUUAUUUACAUGCAGUCACAUGACCCAUGCUGCAGACAAGAGGUAGUCUGUUAGCCCA